UACACUUACAAGUGAACGCAGCUGAUGGCUGUAAACAAACCCAGUCUGGGAAACUCACCAGCAGGUCGAGCCACUUACGAGCACUACUACUACUACUACUACUAUAAUAAUGAUAAUAUUCAGUAAAAUCAUCACACAAACUUACAAUUGACAUGUUCUCAAAGAUAUUUAUACGACAUGCCAGUCACAAGGUCUAUCGUCUUCCCCCAGUCAAGUUCCGUUAUGCUAAUGACAUACCUUCAUCUACGAAUAAACAGGCAGGAGAGUUGCCAAGAAUCACAUCUCCUGUUGUAACUGAAAAAGCAGAGAAGACUUACAGAAACAUACAGAAUAAAUCAGGAUGGCAAAACGAUAAAAGAAAAUAUUACCCGAACUCGAGUGAUGAUAAGCCUAAUAAUAAAGUGAGGUCAGAAAGGAUUAAUGAUAAUAAUAAUAAAUAUAAUGAUUUGGAUUCUGAGAACACUAAGCAUUAUAACCCUGAUAAAUACUUCAACCAUGAAAGAAAAAGAAGUUCACAACUCAAUAUGAAGUAUGCAAACAGACACCACACAACUGAUAAAAUACUUCAUCUUUCUAAGAGAGAAAUGAGAAAUGGUAAAAAUAAUAAUAAAUUGAACUUUGAACCUGUGGGUGAAUUAAUAUAUGGAGUGUUUCCUGUCCUUCUUGCACUCAGGGCUCAACGACGGAAAUUUCAUAAUAUAUUUUAUAAAAAAGGAAACGAAGAUAAAAAUAAUAAAAUUCAAGAAAUUUUAGAGACCGGAAAAAAACACAGUAUAAAGAUUCAUGGUUUAGGCGGUUCAGAGUUUAAAUUAAUUUUCAAAGGAGACCAAGCACACCAAGGAAUAUGUUGUGAUGUUAGUCACCUUUUAUUUGAAAAUCUAAACACUGAGAAUUUUUACCACACGAUGAAGCCCGGUGAGAGUAUGAACCUAAAUAAGACGAAAGAGAAUGAAUUAGUGGAGCAUCAACCAGAAUCAUCACCUGGAGAGGAUCAAGAAAGACCACACCAGCUGUGGCUAUAUCUUGAUAGGAUUCAAGAUCCUAUGAACUUUGGAGCUGUUAUAAGGUCAGCUUACUUCACUGGAGUAGAUAAAGUAUUUACUCCUAUGGAACACAGUUGCAGAAUCUCUGGUGUAGUAAGUAAAGCCAGCGCUGGAGUAGCAGAGGUACUGCCCGUGUACCAGGUGGAUGAUCCAGUGACAUUCUUUAGCAAGUUAUCUGACGUAGGUUGGCACUUGGUGGCCUCCUCAUCGAGUGGAACUACUGCAACAACAACAUCUAUCAGUGAUUUUCUGCCUCUGGGGAACACUUUACUGGUCGUGGGUAAUGAAGGAACAGGAGUUUCCCAAGACUUAGAAAGAAUAUGCAAAACAGUUGUAACGAUUCCUUCUGGGAGGGUCUUGGAUCAUGAUGCUCAUUGUCUUAAUGUGUCUGCAGCAACUGCUGUUAUUUUACAUCAUCUCCAAACAAAAUUAAAACCUCAUUGAACUUAAGAAGCACCAUAUAAAUUACCUGUACAAACAAUUAUAUGAUAUUAUGAAAGUCUGCAAUAAUAUGCAGUUUCAUGGCAAAGGACUUUGAUUAGUGGUGUGUGAUAUCCAUACUGUACUAUAUAAACACCCUCAGGUAGAGCCCAUAUUUUGCCACAGGGCUUCAUGUUUAAUGAUAAGAUACACUGUCCAGACAGACAGUGUUUUUGCUGCAAGCAGCUAUAACACCUGCCUGAACAUGGGUAACAUAAUGAUGCCAUUAAAUCAUAACUUAGAAAUGGGAUUAUACCAGAUCAGCACAAGCCCUCUUGUAGAGCCAUAGAACAGUUCUUCCUCAGUGGACCUCUCUGAAUGGAUGGGUUCAUUAGCCCAAGCCUGGGGUUCCCACUUCAAAGGAUUAGUAGACAAAGUUGCUGAGUAUUCAUGUAUACAAUAUCAAUCUACAUACUGCAAAACAUUUUCAACAUUAAAAAUUCUCUAUGGCUGCCAAUGUUCUUCAGACAUACUCUAGUACAUAUAUUAUACCUAAAAUCUUUCAAUUAGUGAGAGUUAACAGUGGGUUUUGACCCAUGAUCUAAUUGGACUUUGAUUCUACCUCUGGAUCAAUUGAAAUAAAACUUUGAACCUGGUUUAGGUGGAUGAGAAGGCUGCUUGUACAAAAAAUAACUGUCAGGCUGGAUGGUGAAUCCUGCCACUAGACAUACUUUACUGUAUCACUCACUGGAAGCUCUGCCAGAAGGUGUUUUAGCUAUAUCUCACUGGUCAUAGUUCUCCUUCACUCAGUCCUAAUAUAUUACAGUAUCUCAUAGUUCAAUCCUUCAUUUAUAAUUUGAGAAAGGUAAAUGCGCAGGUGAAGAAAGGUUAUAUGUUAAACAUUACGUACAGAAAGCAUAUUAAAUUUGUAUUUCAAUGUGUCACUGCUGUACUGAAUCAAAUACUUUAAAUGAAAUUUUAGUUUUGUAUACUGUAUUUGAUACAGGGUACUUUUAUUUCAAAAGCAUCCUACAUGUAUUUGUUAUAGUGAACCAGGGGAGUUAGUAACUAUUCGAAUGUCUUGAUGUCACUCCCAAAGGAUUAAAAGAGAAAAUUAAUAGCUACUUGGAUUGUUUUUACAAGAAAAGUCAACCACCUUGUAUAAGGCAGAAAGAAGCAGGAUGGUAUAUUACACUUCAGUAAAUACUGUACAAUCAUUUUCCCCUUAAUGUACAUUCCUCCACCAAUACAUAUCUUUAAUAAUACUGUAGUACCAUUUAUGUCCAAGCUAACAUAUAUAGUGUGUAUAGUAUAUCCACAGAUAUGUACACUGCCUGCUUGCUGAACCCAUUCAUUCUGAAUCCUCUUGUGCAUGCUGAUGCUCUUUGCUUUAUUUAUUUUUUUGUUCACUUCCACCUCUAACCAUGUGGACAAUCAAUUUGUUCUUUGUUAUGACCUUCAUUGUCCAAUGUUAGGACAGGAGGAAACCGGAGUACAGUACAGUAUACAGUACCUAGAAGAAAUCUGCAAUGUAUAGUAGGGUCAAUUUUGAUUAGGAAUUGAACCCACUACACGGUUGGGGAAGCAAGCACAUUACCAUUGGUUGUUUCAUUAAGGUCACAGUUACAGUGUGUUUUGUAUUGCGACCGAAUAUUUCGUUACAGCUUACUCAAAUGUUUUGGGACAUCUCAAAUUUAACACAGGUUUCUAUGAGAAUAUACUGUCCAGGUAACAUAGGUACACUCGCCCCAAAAAGUAUCUUUACAGAGGAGUCCGAUGAAUCUCAAAAUGAACACCAUGACUCCUGUUGUGUCAGUAAGGUUGUUAAAAUCCUUCCUCCAUUGUGUCACAUUUUCUUGAACAAAAUUGUAAAGAUACAUUUUGGAGCGAGUGUACAUCCGGCUACCAUAUAGGAUUCCAAGAAUGCAUCAUGAACAUUAAGGGGAUGCUGCCUGUAUAAUAAUAGAAGCUCUGAUCUUGGAGGUAGUACACUGCCUGGUUCUGAUCCCCCAUAAGGGAAAAAUACUGUACUGUACAUUAUAUGCAAGUUGAGGGUAUGAGAGUUUAUGGAGUGGAAUUUCUAACUUACUGUUUUAAUUCUUGUUGCUUCUACUCUUUGUGCACUAUUGUCCCAAAGUAUUUCACCAAUCAUGGGUCCAGUGGUAGUAUGUACAGGGGAAACUGGAGUAACCAGUUAAAACCUUCACACAUCCAACUCAGACUUACAUCCAGGACACAAAGUGAGAGGUAAGUGUGCUACUGUAGAACCACCAAAGUCCCUCAUUCAGUGGACAUGUGGAUGCUGUGCAGGUUGGAAUUUUGCUUUUUCUGAACAUGAGAAGUCAUUGUCACUGGUUAAAAAGGAUGAUUUAUGAAUAUAAAUAUGGGCUGAGGCAGUGCUUAAUUUAUAAAAUAAGAAGUGUGGAACUCUUAGUGAGCCAGACAGAUGCCGACCUAGCUUGUGGAACUGGCAAGGAAUUUAUAUACAGUACAUAGUACUGUUGCCAGUAUUUAUUAAUAUGUGAUUAAAUUUAAAAUUUAUUGUACUCGUGCAAAAUAAAAGUGCCUGAAUGUCAUUCCGGUGCGUUCCAGGACAAGUUACCGUAAUUGCUGGGCUAAGGAUAACUAGAAAUAUUUUAGAAUGUUACCAAACAUCACAGGUUUUCUUAGUGUUUCCUCCUGUGCUAACACUGGACAAUAAAGUUCAUAAAGUAAAAAAAAACAAAAAACAUUGCUUGAACAGUUAGUAAGCUGGUAAGUGGUGUAAAGAUAAAUAAUAAAAAAUAUCUAAAUUCUGAUCAAUCGUCAUUCCAACUUUGGACUAUACACAAAGACUCAAAUUAAAAUGUUUGGUGGCUGUGUGAUAUUUAAAGAUUUUUUUUUUUUUUUAACCCAAAUGUCAUGAAGUUCGAGGUAAACUGCUAAUAAAGUGGCACUGUAUAACUAAGUUUGCAAUGUGUUGGGUCUGAGUGUACCCAGGAAGUGCGAGUGGGCAUUUUAACUGCAAGUUACCUGUCUGAAAAUCCAAUUUAAUUACAAUAAACCCUCGCUUUACGCGGUUUCACUUUAUGUAUAAUGUAGCUAGCUUGUGCCUUCACCUGCGUACCAGUCUCUUGAGUUCUUAAUCAUACGUAAUUAUAUCUGUGGAGUGUGUUUAUGAUAAAAAAUACAACCAUAGUGAAUGACCAUAUUCUAAAAUUCUAAAUUCAAGCCACGUGUUUCUAAGACAAUCAUUCAAUGUUGUUACCGUUGUUUAUACACCUGCAAUGGCUAUGUACAUUGUUUGUAUACCUGCUAUAUAUAUAUAUAUAUAUAUAUAUAUAUAUAUAUAUAUAUAUAUAUAUAUAUAUAUAUAUAUAUAUAUAUAUAUAUAUAUAUAUCAUGUAGAUCCACAAUGAAAACGUGUUUAAGAUUAAUCUUGAAAAAAUCACAAGGGGAAAAGAGAAACAAUGGAGCACCUUAGCUUUCGUCUUUAUUCAAAACAUCUUCAGAGGCAGGGCUGACGGGACUUCCAACUCUUCUUUACCGAACACGCUGAUUGGUUCAACUGCUCGCGUUGUGAUUGGUUGCGAGAUAAUGACAUAAUAUUACUAUUUUCUAUAAUAUAAUGUGUGGUGAGGGGUAACGAAGAUCCCAGAUACAGUAAUUAUAUUAGAGUAGUCCUCAUACUCAGUGAAUUUCAUUGUUCCUGUCAUUAGUUUUAUAAAUUUCUGAAUAAUAAACACUGCAUUAUACACCAUUCAGAGUGUUAUAUAUGAUCACAUUAGGUUUGUAUUUUAUCAAUUGUAAUUUGUAUUACUUUUCGAUAAUACUGAAUAAAAAUAACCAAAACAU